UCAAAAUUUGUGUUAACAAAACCCAUUGAACUUGGAAGAAUAAAGAAAAAAGAUUAGGCACCAAGUAAUUGUCUUUCAGAACCACAUUCCACAACUAUAGAAAAGAGUGUGUGUUUUUUUCAUUUCAUAUUUUGAAAAACUCAAUUUCCAGACUAUUAAUUAAUAAGCCCCAGAGAAGCCUAUCAUUAAAUAUCUGCCUGCUUGCAUCUUCUCUGCCAUCGGGUGGUUGUCUUAACUAGUGAAGCCGCCAAAUUAUUAUCCCAGGAUGAGUACUUGCCCCGGCUGGUUUUUCUGCUUGUGUUUUCCAAAUCUCCUGAGCCCUGCCUUUAUUUAUUUGCAUCAUUUCCAAGGAGUGCAGCAUCAUUUUUUGAGAAAUAAGAGCUGACACUGGGGACGUCUUGAAGCACAUGAUUUAGACAGAAUGGAUGUGCAAUAGUGUUUUCUUGUUAGUGGUUUGCUUUCUUUUUCUUUUGACCUUGCAUAUGCUCAAUUGGUAUAUUUUACUUUUGAUAAUUUUCCAGGAAGGGAUAUUCAAUCUAAUAUUUGAAAGGUGGAUUCCAAAGAUACUGGGGAAAAAAUGGGAGAAAAAGAAGGCUAAGGUUCAGAUGAAUAUGUCUUGGGCUAGUCGGUUAUUGCUGUUGGAUUCUGUCAUUGCUAUGUUUUAAAAGCAGUUGAUGCACCAUGAGUGAUAACCAUUUUGCUACCGCUCUGGUAAUCGCCUGCAUCCUCAGCUUUAAUUCCACCAUCUUCUUGGCUGCCUCAAUUGGCACAGAUGUUUGGUUUGAAUACUGCAACCCUUCAUCUCCUGAAAACAUCAGUAUGUCUCCUUGUGAUGAAGCCUUCAGAGAAAAUACAAAUGAAGACUUGUAUACAGAAGCUCUCUAUCAAUGGAAUGGUACCAUUGGACUGUGGCAAAAGUGUAUCACCAUACCUGAAAACUCUUACUGGUGCAACUCAACAGGUGAGAUGGUCACAAAGUGUGUCAGUUUUUCUCUUUUGGAUCAAUUCAUGGAAAAAUAUAAUGACCCCAGGAAUCCUAACAGCGGCAGUGAUAUGAUACGGACCUAUCUGUGGCGCUUGCAGUUCUUUCUGCCCUUUGCCAGCCUUGGACUCAUGUGUUUUGGGAUUGUCAUUGGAGUAUGUAUUUGUGCCUGUUUUAGUCUCUACCCUACCAUUACUGUCGGAGUCCUCCACUUCCUAGCAGGUCUGUGCACACUGGGCGCAGUUGGGUGCUAUGCAGCUGGAAUUGAGUUGCUCCACAAGAAGCUAAACCACAUUUCUGUGCCAGGCCAGUUUGGCUGGUCCUUCUGUCUGGCUUGUGUCUCAGCACCUUUGCAAUUUAUGGCCGCUGCCCUUUUCAUAUGGGCUGCACAUAACAACAGGAAAGCAUUCACACUCUUGAAAGCCUAUCAUGUGGCCUAGUAAACCCUUUGUCUUUCCCCAAGUCUCUUGUAAAGAUAGAUAGAUAAUGUUUUGUUUUUAUAUUUUGUUAUAAUGUUGUUGUUUUUUCUGUUUUCUGAUUUAUGCUGUUGUUUAGAUAUUUUAGUGUGCUACAUUUUAAUCAUGUUGAUUGGGCUUGUCCCCAUGUAAGCCGCCCCGAGUCCCUUCGGGGAGAUGGCGACAGCGUAAAAACAUUUACACACACACACAUAUACAGAAGAGACUCGCUUAUCCAACCUUCACUCAUCCAAUGUUCUGAAUUAUCCAAUGCAGUCUGCCUCCCACCAGGAUCCACAGCUGUUUCAAUACAUUGUGAUGGUUUAGUGCUAAAUUCAUAAAUACAGUAAUUACUACAUAACAUUACCGUGUACUGAACUGCCUUUUCUGUCAAUUUGUUGUAAAACAUGAUGUUUUGGUGCAGAAUUUGUAAAAUCAUUACGUAUAUUGACGUUUAAUAGGCUUUUACUGAAUCCCUCCUUAUUAUCCAACAUUUUAGUUAAUCUAACUUUCUGCUGGCCCGUUUAUGUUGGAUAAAUGAGACUCUACUGUAUGUAUACACACACAUGCGCGCGCACACGCACACACACGCCCUUUUGCUCACCCCUCCUUUUUUACUUCCUCCUCAAGUUUACUGCAAGGCCAUGUUGGCCUUUUCAGGUCUUUCCCAUUUUUCAUUUUCUAUGAAAUUGUUUGCAAUUCUGCUUUUAGCGAAAGGGUGUCUUUUUCCUUCUUUAAUCUUCAUAGGACAAGCAGUUUUAGAUCCAUUCCCAUUACUAAGACCUUCACCCACAGAUGAGAAGAGGAAAUAUGGGGCCAUGAUAGGAAAAUUUCCAGCAAAAACCCAGAUUUCCAAAUGACUCCAGGAAGAGCAGAGAUUUUCAAAGGGAUUUCAUAAGCUGUUCGGUUCAUAAUACAUAAAAUACAUUUCACUACCACCCCCUCACUUCCGCGAGUUGUGUCACUGAAUUUCAUCAGUUGAUUUGUUGAUAGAAAGCAAAAAAAUUACCCCUUUCAAAUAUGCUGUCCUUAUCAUGCUCAUGAUCAUAUAUCUUAGCUGAACUUAAAUAGAUUUAGCUAACUCUAAACAUUCUGAGGAAACAAUGCUAGCACAAAAGCAUCUUGAAAUGAAUUGCCAAGAUUGCACAAUCAACAGCAGCUUUUCAAGGUUUUUUUUUAAAAAGAAAUAGUACAUUGUAGGUGUUUGACACAAAAUACAGCAUGGUUUACUGGUCUGAGCAUUGGACUACAACUCUGGAAACCACAGUUGGAAAUUCUGCUUAACCAUGGAAACCCAGUGAGUAACCUUGAGUAAGUCAUGCUCUCUCAGCCUCAGAGGAAGGCAAAAGUACAGCCCGUGAACAAAAUCCACAAUGAUCCAUGAUAGGUCUACCUUAAAGUUACCAUAAGAUGAAAACAUCUUAUGAAGGCACACAACAAGAAAACUUAAAGGCCUUUAGAAUUACCUAGUCUGGAUG